CUUGGCAUAAAAAUGGGUUCCCUCAGCACAGCAAACGUUGAAUUCUGCCUUGAUGUGUUCAAAGAGCUGAACAGUAACAAUGUAGGAGAUAAUAUCUUCUUUUCCCCACUGAGUCUGCUUUACGCUCUCAGCAUGGUCCUCCUUGGUGCCAGAGGAAACAGUGCAGAACAAGUGGAAAAGGUGCUUCAUUUUAGUAAUAUUGUAGAAUCAGUAAAGCCAGAGUUUAAGGACUCAUCUAAGUGCAGCCAAGCUGGAAGAAUUCAUUCAGAUUUUGGAGUCCUAUUCUCUCAAAUCAACCAGGCAGACUCUAACUAUACCCUCAGCAUUGCCAACAGACUGUAUGGCACAAAGACAAUGGCAUUCCAUCAGCAAUAUUUAAGCUGUUCUGAGAAAUUGUAUCAAGCCAGGUUGCAAACAGUUGAUUUUGAACAGUCUACAGAAGAAACGAGGAAAACUAUUAAUGCUUGGGUUGAAAGUAAAACUAAUGGAAAAGUCACAAACCUCUUUGGAAAAGGCACAAUUGAUCCUUCCUCUGUAAUGGUCCUGGUGAAUGCCAUAUAUUUCAAAGGACAAUGGCAAAAUAAAUUUCAGGAAAGAGAAACUGUUAAAACCUCUUUUCAGCUAAGUGAAGGUAAAAGUAUAAUUGUGGAAAUGAUGUAUCAAACUGGAAUGUUUAAACUGGCCUUCAUAGAGGAGCCGCAGAUGCAAGUUCUUGAGCUGCCCUACGUUAACAACAAACUAAGCAUGAUUAUUCUGCUUCCAGAAGGCACAGCUAAUCUAGAACAGGUGGAAAAACAGCUGAACGUGAGGACAUUUCACGAGUGGACCAGCUCGUCUAACAUGAUGGAAAGAGAAGUUGAAGUACACAUCCCGCGGUUCAAACUUGAGAUCAAGUAUGAGCUAAAUUCCCUGUUAAAAUCCCUAGGGAUGACAGAUGUCUUCAACCAGAUCAAAGCUGAUCUUUCUGGAAUAUCACCAGCCAAGGGCCUGUAUUUAUCGAAGGUCAUCCACAAGUCAUACGUGGAUGUCAACGAAGAGGGCACUGAGGCGGCAGCAGCUGCUGGGGACAGCAUCGCUGUCAAAAGACUCCCCCUCCGAGCUCGGUUCCUGGCCAAUCACCCCUUCCUGUUCUUUAUAAGGCACAUUCAUACCAACACAAUUCUCUUCUUUGGCAAGCUCGCCUCUCCAUAAACAGAUGGCGUUGAGCAAGACUCAGAGUCACAGACAAGGUGCAGAGGCAAACCCAUGAUUACCCCAUGGCCGCGGAGCAGUUCACACCUCACGCACCUCUGCGCCUCAGUUUGCUUAUCUGCGAAAUAGGUCUAGGAUCUCUUCCAACUUAUUCCAUGAAUUGGUGAACCUAAGACUGUGGUAAUCAUGGAAGAAAGUACAUUUAUAAAGCUUUUCUGGCUUUCUUAUCUUUGGAGCCUCAUUUGAGUGUUGCCUGGGUGAUAUGAUCAAGUCAAUGAGAAAAACCUUAAAGGAUUCGAUUCUCUUUGACUUGUAAAUCAGUGAGACCUUGAAUAAG